AUGACGAGCUUCAUCUCAAACAUCAUCUGGAACUCGGUGGAGGGCUUCGUAGAUGCCGGGAAGAAGACGGCGGGUGAAUAUGGUGGAAAUGCCUUGAUCAAGGCUGGGGAUAUGAUUGAGAAUAGUGGAAGGAGUGUGGGAAAUGGUCUCGAGAAGAAAGCAACAAGCUACGGCACCGCAAUCACCGGCCAAACCUACAAAUCCACAGGCAAAGCUCUCCCCUCCACAGCACGAAAGCCCGUAGUCAAGCGUUCGAACUCCACCCCCGCGAGCAACAAGCCAACUACCAGCGGAACGCCCCUAGGUGCGAAGAAGUACCCAGGCAGUAACCAAGUCAACGGCGCUGUGGGAGGAGCGAAGAAGACCGUGGGGGGAACCGUCGGAGGAGUAACAGGCAACGCAUCCAAAGUCACCGGGGGCGUCAUAGGCCGCGCAAACAGCACCGUCGGCACCGUAACAAACACCACCACAAAAGCCACCUCCGGCCUCGUAGGCAGCGGCCAAAGAGCCAUCGGCGGAGCCACGAAAUCCAUCCCUCCCUUCAAGGGCCCCGGCGCAAUUCCCUCAGCCAACAAAGCCCUCCCAAAGCCUUUCCCAGAUACCAACGGCCUCCCGAAACCCGCGUACCCGACUACCAAGAAGGCGGCAGUCAAACCUGGCCAACCGAAGCCGUUUACGCCGCCUACGGAGCAGAAGAAACCCGAUCCGAAGAAAGCUUACCCCGGGACGAAUACGUUGCCCGGAACGAGUCGGACGCCGGUGCAACAGCAGAGGUUGAAGCCGUUGCCGAAGGCGGCGCCGCAGAUUGGGCAGGGGCAGACUAUUUCGCAUCUUGCUAUUUAG